ACCCCGACACCAUGGAGACAACAUCGUCGGAAGUAGAUUCAAGAUCCGGCGGUGAGUCUCUACCCGAGUCGCCAGUGGUUUCUUCAAAGGCCAAGGCCUUUUACAUCGAGAACAUAAUUGACAAAAGUCCGUCGUCGCACCUGCCGCCUAACAGUAAGGUGCUGAGGCCAACCCCCAGCAACGCGCCGAUGCCCUUCGACUUCAGCCAGGGCGCCCAGUUGGCACCUGAAGUGCCGAGCAUGCCCUGCUUGCACACGCCGCAAUACCCCCUGUUCUACAAUAAUUGGUUCCCUGGAAAGCAUCACAGCCAAUUCUUUGGACUUCAAGCUCCGAAACCUGUUGGAAGAAGGUCUCGGAAACCAGGAAUCGACCGCAAACCCCGCCAAGCAUACAGUGCCAAACAGCUAGAGCGAUUAGAAAGCGAAUUUAAGAUUGACAAAUAUCUAAGCGUGAGCAAGCGUCUCGAGUUGUCGAAGGCGUUGCACUUGACCGAGGUGCAGAUCAAAACUUGGUUCCAAAACCGGCGCACCAAGUGGAAGAAGCAGCUGACCUCGCGGCUCAAGAUGGCCCAGCGACAGGGCCUCUUCCCGGCGCACUAUUUCGCGGCAGCCGCGGCGGCAGCAGCGGCCGCCGUUUCGGGCCCGUCGGCUGCCGCGCCCCUGCCGCACCACCCCUACCCCGCACUGCUGCCGUACUACGCAGCAGCCUCGCACAUGUUCGCCGCACCAGUGGUGUCGCCGACCCAAUCAAUUUCGCCACAGCCAGCCUCGCCCCCUGGCUCACCCUCAGGGACGGCCUCGCUACCCUCGGACCACUAUCAGCAGCACCCGCAUUGAAUUGAACACUCGAUCGUCGUCACGCAAUUAUGACCACUUGUGAGAUUAGUUCACCUCAUCCACGCCUAGAUUUUGCCACGAAUGUUGGUGUGUAUCAAUUAUUGGCGUUUAGUGUCCUGUUAGGUGUCCGACAGGUGGGCUAGUUCGCUGUGUGUUGUGUCCUAGCUCGGCUUACCUGCUUGUCGCGUAAAACUACUCGACCUGAACUGCCUCAACGCGCGCCUUCUGUUCGCGUCCAGGCUGCAGGCGCGCGUCGGGGCAGUUCAGGCCGAGAAGUUUUAUUCAUGAGAUGCGGUGGCUGGCUGAGUCUGGGCGCACAUACGUAUUGUGAAGAAUGCCUAUUACAUGUUUGUUUAUUCUCACAUUUUAUUUAAUUCUUCGUACGUCCUGAAAUCAUUAAUUCUAGAAUUGCGCCAUUAGGGAGAGCAAAAUAUCCCUUUCUCGUACAAAACGUAGAUUUUGUUUGUAACUGGUAUUGCGUAUUCACCAGUUGGGCAAGAAGUGCUCGAAGCCGCCAACAGAUGGCGCCACCGUAUACUUUCCAUUUUAAUGCACUUAUUCCGCUUUGAUUUACGACUUAUCCCGGCCACUUUUGCAUUCUUCACUGAAUAUCUCUUCUCUUUACGUGCUGAAAACAAAAAUUCGCCGUAGAAACACCACAAAAAAGAAUUUUGUAUUUAUAAAAAAAUGUGUUUUUCUUGAUUCCAUGGAAAAGAAAAAUUAUUAAGUGAAAUCGCAACGCUAGUGCCUUAAAAUCCAUAGUAUACGGUGUUGUCAUCCAACUAUUGAAUUGAAUCAUUUUGUUCCGUUUGUUAAAAUCACCAAAGUGAAAAAUCGCUUCUCUUUAUGCCGUUUACGUUGGCAAUCUAUCAUUUAUUAGAAUAAGCAGGUAACAAACAUCACAUUAAAAAUGCAAGAUGUUUUAAAAUAAUUAAGUCAUUAAUUUAUUAGGUGACUAUUGACACAUUUUACUGAGAGCAUGGGAAUAACAUACAAUAAAAUUAUCUUACAUCUAUCUGAUGGUAUAAA